CGCUGGUCAACGGCUUUUGUAGACAACGCCAUUACACAAUAAGGACAUACGAACGAAACUAGCUUCAAGCAAACUUGGCGAAGGGAAAACGUCGUAGGAAUGGAAGUCCCUCUGUGAUAAUUCAAUUAAGGUAAUCAAUAGUGAGAGAGCAUCACCAAGGCAACGAAAUAAAAAUGGCCGCCAGAACAACACUUUUCAUGUGCGCAUGCGUUUUCUACGCCAUCGCGGUCCCUGCCAAGGGUAUUUGUCCCGAUGGAUGUUUCUGUGUGGCUUUCGAAACAGACUGUUCAGGAAUAGAACUGACGGAAUUCCCGAGUGAGAGUAAAAUAUGGAAGGGGACUGAAUACCUUUAUCUCAAUGAUAAUAAUCUCGACACUGUUGCACGAAUAGACCUACCGAACUUAGAUGAAUACAAACUGGAGAAGAACCGGAUUCUAAACAUUGAAUGGGAUGCUUUCGAUGGCGUUCCAAAAUUAGUCAAGCUCAACCUGUCGCAAAACUUGAUAUCCGACCUUGUAAAGCAGGAAUUUUCAUCACUUUCUGUGUUAGAAAACUUGGACUUGAGCUAUAAUAAACUAAGAAGAAUAGGCGAAUUGGCUUUUAAUGGGAUGUUCCUGAAGAAACUGGAGGAACUGGACUUGUCGCAUAACGAAAUCGAAUCAAUAGACACAGACUCGUUCGCGGGAUUAAAAACAUUAAAAUAUUUGUGGCUGAAUAAUAACAAACUGAAAAGCAUCCAACACCGCCAUUUUAAUGGCGUUGAGAACCUGUGGUAUCUGUUUCUCCAUAGCAACCAGUUGCAGACGAUAGGAGACAAAAGCUUCUACCCAAUGGAAAAUUUAGUGACCUUGACCCUGAACAAGAACGCUUUGAAAAGUGUUCAAAAGAUGGCGCUGUACAACUUGAAAAAUGUUGAGAAACUGGAUAUUUCGGAUAACCAGCUCACGGAUGUUCCAGUCGAGGCAUUGGAUGACCUCUUGUCUUUGACGUCCCUGAACAUGGGUGGGAACCCCAUAACGAAUUUAGCGAAGGGCGAUUUUCCGCACACACAUAACCAGCUGGUAAACCUGGUACUCUCCAAUAUGGCAAACUUACAGAACGUUGAGGCGGGCGCUUUUGACAAUUUACCAAAUUUAGCAAAUGUAAACAUAUCCAACAACCCAAAGUUGACGUCAUUACCCCCCACGCUGUUCUUCAUGAGCUUCCACAAACUCAGAAACGUAGAUUUAAGCAACAAUAGCUUGUCCGUACUCGACCGACAGCUGCUGCCAUGGGAGAAGUUGUUUACACUCUCUGUCACCGGAAACAAGUGGCGCUGUGAUUGCACCUGUCGGUGGAUGAAGAACUACACGUUUGAGAUGGAUCUACGGUGCGCGUCGCCGAGACAUUUGGCCGGACGUAUGAUGGACGACAUCCCAGAGUACGAGCUCUUCUGCGCCGAUCCCGAAGACAACCGCGGCGGGAAACAACGGGCCUUACGGAUUAGCCUCUCCGCCGGGGCCCUCAUCCUCAGCAUAUUCAUCAUCCUCGCUGUACUCUUCAAGGUCAGGAAGCGCCUGCCUUGCUUCAAGGGAGCUAUUAAGUACAUUGCGUUGUAUAACAACGACCCGCAUAAUGAUCACAGUGGGGUUGUCGUGACCUUCAGAGGUGACAAGGUCGAGACGAAAUCCGCUGGUGUUGAAAUUGAGAAGGACAUGCUGUAAAUGACCUUGGAACGGUCACAGUUUUGUCACAUUGAACUUGUGAUCAGGUUGUAUUAACCACGAACAUUUCGCACUCGUUUUACAAUACGUACGAGUGCUAUAGUGGAAUUAUUGUGACCAACAGAUCGAGGUACUGUCGAUCGAGACGAAAUCAGCAGGAGUCGAUCGAUUCAAAUUUUGCCUCGCUGUCAUAAAGGUUUUGCUUUUGUCUUACACCGGCGUAUCUCUGUACAAAUCUACGACGAGAGGAGGCGCUCCAGAUUUUCCCCUGAAACCGGAAGAGAACAAAAUUUGUUCUCUUCCGGUUUAGUGCUAGUCUCACUGAGGAACUGUAACAAAUGGCGUGGCUUGGAGAUUGCAUCUGUAUUGAAAAAAGUUUGGACUCAGAAAUUUUUUCAUCCUUCAGAGUUGAAUUUUUUCAUCAGUUCAAAAUUUUGAAAAAUUUUCAAUACCAAAAUUGUUUUUUGGUUGAUGAUGUUUCUUCAUUUUGAGC